AUGUCCCUGGAGCCAGACUCACAGCAAGUGGGCCAAGGCGCAUGGCGGUAUGACCACCACGGCCUCUCUCUCGACUCUGAGUACCCCAGCGGCGUACCCACACUAGACUCCGACUCUCCUGACGCAUUCGACGAGGAGACCGUUUUCAGCGGAACAUCGACGCGGAACACCUCCAGAACCUGCUUCUCGCCCGACGCGCUGGCAGCAGCGGAGGACAUCUUUCACGGCGGCUACUUCACGUUCUGCCCGCCCAAACCCGGGCCACUCGCACUUACCACGUCCGUCCCCCUAUCCAGCACCGCCCAUCUGGUCUCGCCGUCUGUCCUCAGUGCAUACGCCGCGCACCACGAAAGCGCCAUCGUCGCCGCUGCACGCAAGAGCAAAGUGGCCGCCCUCGCGGUGUCCGUUGCCCCCCUGGACACCGACUCCGACUCGGAGUUGACGGCACAGUGGGUCGUCUGGGCACCCAUGUGGUACAAGUCGGCCCAGUUCGCCUACAAUCUUGCCAUAGAGACAGGCGUCCGGGUUGCGCUGAGGCCAGCGGAGGCCGCGCCGAGCGAGCUGCUGCUGGAGCGGGAGGACAGGCCGGGCCGGGCGACUCCGAAGGCCGAAAGUGGCGAGAAUGACCCUCGGAGCAGCCGCCCUCUCCCGUUGAUUCCAAUAUCCCCACCCGCAACCACCGCCCCCAUUCUUCCCGACAUCCUCCCGCUUCCCCCGGGUGCACAGCCGCCCGCGCUGCCCGCCCCCAUUCCCCCUCCUCCGAGUCUGCGGUCCUUUUUAACUCUUGCCCCGCUUCCCGACCCAUCGCCAGGGCCACACGAAGACGACGCCGAGCCGCGACAUUCCCCUGUCACGAAGACCACGCGGGUCUGCGUCGGCGACGGCGAUGUCUCUGCAUCCCUUGUCGUCCAGCGCGGGCAGCGCGACAAUCUAACCCAGCUGGAAAUCACGGUGCCGCUGAUCGCGAAGAUAAGUCUCGCGAGCGAGCGGCACGAGUUGGCUGGCGGGGUCGUGACGGUCGCGUCCAACGGGCUGCCGCACGGCGUGACGAUAAAUUACGACAACGGUGUUUCCGAGUGGUAUCCGGUUGCCGCCCCAUUCCUGUGUCAUCCGCGCCCGCGGCCGUCCACAGUGCCCCGACGGCUCGCUGCAACGAUCGACGUCAUUCCCCGUCCGGGCGUGGACAACGUUGUUGUGCACAUCCAGGCGCGGGUCAACGUCAUUGGGCGGGCGCGGCGGGACCCGCCGUAUAGCGUGCCUCUUCGGUUUACCGCGCAGUGGUUGUUGCGCGAGCGGUGUAGGAGGGGUAGGAUUGGGAGGUUUGAUAUGCUGGUGGUUCAGGCCACGGAGGACGUCUGGGGUGGAACUGGGGACUGGGCGGGAAACGUGACGAGGGUACAGCAGUCUGCGUGGCCAAGCCGAUGUGACGGUGAGGCACAACCCAUGCCCUCUCCGUCCCUCGCUUCGCUGCAAGCGCGCCUGCAGCCCGGCGGGCUGGGCUGGUACGCGCCGUGGGUGCUCUGGGUGCUGUUCCGGCGGCUCGCCCGGCGGAAGCCGCGCCGGCUGUGGGCCGGGCGGAGCUACGAGAUGCGCGGGCGGAACGGGUGGAUGACGGUCGAUGUCGGGGCGGUGCUGUGCAUCCCGGUGGACCCGGAGACGGGGUAUCUGCUGUUCAAUAGGCUGGAUGUAGAGGCGCCGGUGCGGUUUCGCAAGUCUAGACUCAGAGACUGA